AGCGGGAAACAUUAUUGGCAUUGCCUCUUCUCUCUCUCAUCUUUCUAUCUGUUCUUUCUCUCUCAUCGCCUCGUCGCUUCCAUCCCUACUCUCCAGUCUCUCGCCAUCGCCUUCCUUCCUUCCUUCCUUCCAUGUCUCUACCUUCUGCUUCUUAAUCUGCCUCUUCUUCUUGUUUUUCCUCCUCUGUCACUGAUCAUGGACGCUGCAUUAGAUGGAUUCUCCAUAAGGGACUAUACCUCUAAGAUGAGGUCCGUUGAUAUCUUCAAGUGCUGGCCCUUUAGUACCAAUGAUGUAUCCAGAGAGGAUGUGGAGUCCUGGCUUCCUCCCAUGGUGGUUCCGAAGCCUCGGAGCUGCGGCGAAGAGGUCGAGGCUUCGAGAUCCGAUCGUGGCGAUGAUGAAAAGCCCUUGGAUGAAGGAAUUUCAAGAAGCGAAGGCGAUCAGUUGGUGAAAUCGGAGGAGAGGUUGGAGAUGGUUUGCCCGGUUUGUCGAGUUUUCAACGCUGCUACUCUGACGGCAGUAAACGCGCACAUCGAUGGAUGUCUUGCGCAGACUAUGAGGGAGGAGAGGCGGCAGAUGAAGUCGAAAUCGAAGGCGCCGAAGAAACGGUCCAUUGCUGAGAUUUUUGAAGUCCAGGAGCAGGAGGAGCAGCCGAAGAUUGAAUCCGUUUUGAAAUUCUGGCCUUUUCGUGAGAAUCCUGAUGAGGUGUCUAUAACGGUCACUAAGUUCAAGUGGUGGUCUAGCAGGCUCGAGGCAAUGAGAUCCAACAAGGUUGAUGGUGAAAUUUCCGGAAAUGACGCCGAAUGUGUGAAAUCGGGAACGUCAGUUGCUGCGGAGGAGGAAAAAUUGGAGAUGGUUUGUCCUGUUUGCCGGGAUUUCAACGCCGCAACGGUGACGGCGGUGAAUGCUCACAUCGACAGUUGUCUUGCGCAGGCGAUGAGGGAUGAACGCCGGCAGAUGAAGAUGAAUUUUAAGGUGAAACCGAAGGCUCCGAAAAAGCGGUCCAUUGCUGAGAUCCUAACGGUGGCACCUCCGAUCAAAGCGACGGAUACUGAGGUACUUGAAGUCUACAAAGAAGGUAAGGAUGAAGAGGAGAAUAAAAAAGAACAUAAAAAUGAUGGUGGUGGUGGUGAUUCAAGUGGGGUUGGCGCCGUAUUUUCAACAGUCAAGGGCAAAAAAAGUACAAACAAGAGGAAAAAAAGAAGAAUGAAGAAGCCAAAGAAGAAAAGCAUGGAGGAAAAUUAUAGGGUUGAAUCAGUGAACAAUGGGAAGACGAAGAUGAUGAAAAAGAAAAAGAAGAAAAAGAAUGAGUUCUCUGCAAAGAAGGAAGUUGCUUAUAAGCGCAAGGUGCAAACUCCAGUUAGUAAUCCCAGAAAACUGAGAAGUACAGUUGAUAAUGAAAGGGUUGCGCUUGAUGAAAUUGAUGCUUCUACUUAUAAAAAGAUAUCAAGUUUGAAGCCCUCAUCUGUAGAAAAGAAGCAAAAAGUUAAAGGCUCCAACUCAGUUGGAAAGCAACAAAAGGAAGUGCCUCCUGUUUGUGGCAUUCUUAAGAAUCAAAUGAAAAAUAUUUCGGAAAGGAUGUCAAACGUUUGUGAUCAACAAGAUGGUACUGAAGAUAGUGAUUGUGACACUCAAUUUAUAACAUCGGAUAGGCAUGUGAAAUUGUCGGGUAAAGAUGACAUACUUGGUCACUCAUCUGACGAAACCAUGUUCAGUGUAUCUUCAGAUGUGCCAGUUACAGCAUCGGGUAAGCUGUCCUCUGGAAGUGAAGAAGCUGCUCUUUUGGAGGUAAACAGAAGUGAUGAGCACACUUCCACUGAUAUAAACAAGAAAAAAGAGGUUUGUCCUAUAGCUGAAGAUGAAAAGUUUUCUACUACUCCUGAAGAAGUUUCUGGACAAUGCCUUUUGAAGCCAUGUGCAAAUCAAGAGAAGUCAAAGCAUCUAGUAGGGAAGUGUGAACCAUUGACAAAGGUUGCGCUUCAUGAUAGCAAAAAUCCACACCUGUUUGAUGGAGGCAACAUGACUACAGUUCCUUAUUCUCCAUAUGCUGGAACUACUAGAACUCCUGCUUUACAACCAGGGAAGAUUUGCAGUCUAGAUACUCAAACGUGUGACUUUGAAGCCCUCAGUUCCUCUGUUAAGUUUGCCAAUCAUGGGAAUGAUCCAACCCAUCAGCUUUCUACGGUAAACUCAAAUGCAAGUACAAGGACCUUUAUGGAGCCUUCAUCAUCUUAUCCUGCUUCAGUUAAUGAAGCUAAUGAAAGACCUCAGCUUCCACCACAGUUUUACAGAGAGUAUGAUAGUAAUGGGCAAGCUUUGGGUGCCAAACCAUUGUCUCACAUCUUUUUAACAGGUAUGGUAGAUAACUCAUUCUCCCAUCCUAGCUCGGGGAAAGUAACUGUAAGAAGUAACUGCUUGGAUGAGAGCAUUUUUGGUUUGCCACUCAAUUCACACGGUGAAUUAAUUAAUUUCAGUUUGAGUGGAAAAGUUGGGAUGAAUCAGCCGCAGACUUUCAGUACAUCAAGAGUUUCUUGCGGUGGCAUACCUGUUAAUAAUAUUGUCAGCCGUUGUGGGCAAGAGUAUUUAAGCAUUAAUGAGAGGGAUUUUGUUCAGGAAACACGAAAAAAAGACUGUGAGGAACCAUUUCCACAUUAUCCAGCCAGACUAGGCGUUACUGAAUUACAAAGUAUGGAGGGGGCAGAUAUUCACCGGCCUAAUUCUGAUAGUAGUUCCACUUCCAAUCAUUUUUCCUACUCAUUUCAUUCAGAGUUGAACCUAACGAGAAACUCGUUCAUUGAGCAGAAUCAACACAAGCAGGUUCAAAAGCAGAAGGGAAAUCACAUGAUUUAUGUAGAGGAAAGUUCAGAUCCUGUUUCGCUUAGUUCCAGCCAGCCAACAAUGCGAUUGAUGGGUAAAGAUGUUCCGAUAACUAGAAGCAGCCCUGAGAUGAAACAGUUUGCAGAAGAUGCUUGGACUGAUGAGGUUUCCGGAAGGAGGCAUUGCUCAAAAGAUGUAGCCUUAGAAAAUUCUUUCAUGGAGACGUGUUCUAAGCAGAGUUUUGUUUCUGGUUCAUCAUCACAUGUAUCAACUGAGAAUAUCUUGCAGUCAGUGAAAAUCUGCGAGAAUCAGGCAUUACUAAGUAAUAGGGGAGCUCAAAAUGGAAGCCUUGGAGUCAGUAGAAAUGCUAGCUCAUGUUUGCUUCCAUUUACUCCACCUCCUACAUCAUGUGGGGUAUACAAUAGAGCAGCUCAUGACUUGCCAAGACAGUUUAUUUCUGGAGCUAAACCUCUAGGGCACAUUCCUCGGUCAGCGGGGGUAACUAAUCCUUGCAAUUUUGCACAACCAGUCUUUGGAUUUCCCUUAUCGAAUUCAAGUGAUGAAGAACAUCCUCAAGCAUCUUGGUUUCAGAGAUCCUAUAGAAGUUUGCCCCCGUGGUUGUUAAACUCGGCUCAUGAAAGGCCACCUGAAACAUCUCAGCAAUUUUCUGGCCCGAGUUGUAGAAGUUCUCCUCACAAUAAAUGGGGAGGGCACUUUACUACACCUUAUGCGAAUCAUUCAGCUGUAGUAUAUCCUCCGAAUCCUUCAACUUCUCACGGUCAAAUGAAGACCUCACUUUGUCCAACUUCAAUUGUUCAACCUCCACCCGAUCCAGUUACAUCUGUUACUAAACCAUCCUUUAAUAUAAAUAGUGGUCAUAGAAGCAUAAUUAAUUUUGCUGACAGAGUGAAGUUCGAUGACAUGACUAUUGAAGAACAUCAAUGCAAAAAUACCAGGAAGAGGCCUGCGGCUAAUUUUGAUGAUUCCACAACAGCUUUCAUGUUACCUAACAUAGAAGUGCAAGAAAAUUUGAGUUGUAUGGCCGAUCGAAAUGCCGAAAUACAACGGAACACAAGGUUGGUUGAACUUGAUCCGCGUGGGGAUAGUGGAAGAAAAUGCUGUCGCCAGAAUGAGGCUAUAGGUAUACAUCCUAAAAGCUAUCCAGGCGUUGAAUCUGUUAAACCGGUUGGUAUGAUAUCUUCAGGUCCUGUCAGACUAAGCCCAGGAGCUAAGCAUAUCUUAAAACCCUCACAAAAUAUGGAGGAGGAUAACUCAAAGCUGACCCAUUCUUCCUUUCCCAUUGCUGCAACUACUGACCGUGGUAGGGAUCUAGAAAUUCAGAGAAAAUUGACGAAAGUAUACAGAAUGUAGAGACAGGUCAUAUCAUUUUAUGAUAUCAUAUCAAUAUUUUUUGUAUUCAUAUUUAUAAUAUCCGCUUGUUAUGAGCAUAACAGAAUAGUCCACGUACAACUAUUGCCAGGUUGCUUGAACAGGUGGGAAUUUUGAUAUAAUACCGCCCAGUCUUUUUGAGCGUUCAGCUGUAAAUUUGUGAAAGUUUUAUGGCUACUUCAGAAUUUUAUCACCAAAGACGUUGGUUGAUGAUGAUGCUAUAUAUUGACAAUGUCUCAUUUGGAUCA